AUGAACCGCUACACAUUUCUCUCCGCCGCUUUCGUUCUCGCCAUUGCUGUUUACUCCCUGAAUAUACCACCGCAAGGUUGGUCGAAUUUGGGAUUGAAAAGAUUAUCAACGAAGAAACUAGUGGCGGAUUUAAUAGUCAAGAAUGGUGUUAUUUUCACUGGCGAUUCUUCUUUGCACGUCGCCGAUUCUAUGGCUGUUCAAAACGGUAGGAUUCUUCGCGUUGGCAAUUACUCGUCUCUUCAGGACUUGGUAGGGAUUGGAACUAAAGAGGUGAAUGUUGAAGGAAAAGUUGUGGUUCCUGGAUUUAUUGAUUCUCAUGUCCACUUUAUUUCUGGGGGGCUUCAGAUGGUGCGUGUGGAGCUGCGAGGUGUAAAUCAGAAAGAAGAGUUUGUGAGAAGGGUUAAAGAAGCUGCAGGAAGUAAUUUCCGUGCUCGAAUGAUGGAUUCCUGCUUUACUGUAUAUCUUUUUGACGUGAUUGUUUGCAAACAAAUUGCUUCAGAUUUAAAACAAGGUUCCUGGGUGUUGGGCGGCGGAUGGAACAAUGAUCUAUGGGGAGGAGAAUUACCGAUGGCUUCUUGGCUUGAUGAUUUUACAGCAGAGAAUCCUGUUUGGUUAACAAGAAUGGAUGGUCAUAUGGGCUUGGCCAAUUCAUUGGCUCUGAAAUUGGCUGGUAUUAAUAAUUCAUCGAAUGAUCCAAAUGGUGGAACUAUUGCAAAAUCUAUCCAUGGAGAACCUUCUGGAUUGUUAAUUGAUGCUGCGAUGGAACUUGUCCUCCCCUGGAUACCGGAGGUCUCAGUGGAUGAAAGGAGGGAGGCUUUUCUUAGAGUCAGCAACCUUGCCUUGAUGAGGGGUGUGACAACUGUUGUUGAUUUUGGGCGAUAUUUUCCUGGGGCAAGUGUCGAUCAUUCGUGGGAGGAUCUUUCAGCUGAUGUUCUAGUUCUCUCUCUCUUUGCACUGUCACUUAUGAAGGUCUCAUUUACCUCCCAGGACCUUAUUAAGAAGACAGGGCGAGCACUUAGCAAUUGGAUUUAUUUGGGUGGUGUUAAGGCAUUUGCUGAUGGAUCUUUAGGUUCUAAUAGUGCACUUUUCAUUGAGCCUUAUGUAAACCUUCGCCUAUUCGUUUCUGUGGCCAAUACUCUAAAGGUGAAGGUUUUGAGAGUUGUUUAUGCCACUCAAUGGAGAAAUACUAUUGCAUCUUAUAAUGGAGAAAUUGAAUUUAGAAUGUCCAUACCCUAUAUGUUUUGUAAUUUGUUAGCGGAGUAUAUGAAAUUUCCAUAUGCUGACGAGCCUCACAACUAUGGCUUACAAGUGACGGAUCCUGAGAGUCUUUUCAACAUGGUUUCAGCAUCUGAUAAAUUUGGACUUCAGGUUGCAAUUCAUGCUAUAGGUGAUAAAGCAAAUGAGAUGGUCCUGGAUAUGUACAAGUCAGUUGCUUUAUCAAAUGGAAAGAGAGAUAGAAGAUUUAGGAUUGAGCAUGCCCAGCAUUUGGUACCUGGAAUGACUGCCAGAUUUGGUGAACAAGGGAUCGUUGCUUCAGUACAGCCAGAUCAUCUUCUUGAUGAUGCUGAGUCUGCUGCAAAAAAGCUUGGGGUGGAUAGGGCCCAGCAGGGAUCUUACCUUUUCCGUUCACUUCUUGCUAGCAAUGCUCGGUUGGCUUUGGGUUCUGACUGGCCAGUUGCGAACAUUAAUCCUGUAGGAAGCAUCAAAACAGCAAUAAAAAGAGUACCCCCUGGUUGGAAAAAUGCUUGGACUGCAUCUGAAUGCCUUUCACUGAAUGAUGCAUUGAUUGCGCACACUAUUUCCGCUGCUUACGCAUGCUUUCUGGACAAUGAAUUGGGAUCCUUAUCUCCCGGAAAACUGGCAGAUUUUGUCAUUCUGUCCACCAGUACAUUGGAUGACUUAGCAGAAGGAUCUGUGACGGUCGAGGCCACAUAUGUUGGUGGUGAAAAGGCUUAUCCAUGA